UGCAAACUGGAAGAGCAGGUCGGACCGAAAUGCGAAAAAGAAAAAAAAAUGGCUUAUUGUCUGUGCAGAUCUACCCACACUUCUCCUCCUUGCUAUCUCUGCUGCAUUUCCUAGCAUGACUUCAAAGAAGGACAAAGCUGCACAAAUCCAGGAGGCAGAAGAAAACGAAACGGAGAGCAACUGAGAAAAAAGAGAGAGGACUGGGGGGAAAAGAGAGAAGAUUGUGGAAAGGAUGCACCCAUUGGACGCCACAAGCUGAACACUGGAGAGAGGGAGAAAACUGAUCUGAAACCAUCCAAUCCAAUUACUUUCUCCCCACCUCGGACCCAUCCAUGUAAUGAUACAAGGAACAUGGCCACUGAAAAUUUUGCGGAAAUCUUGAACAGACUCAAGGAAACACACGAGAAAGAAGUCCAAGGCCUGCAAACCAAACUGAACGAACUAACCAAUGAGAAAUGUCGUGACAACCAAAGAAUUGAAGAGCUCUUUACCAAAAACCACCAACUGCGUGAACAGCAAAAGGCACUUAAAGAAAAUGUGAGAGUUUUGGAAAACAGGUUGCGAGCUGGGCUGUGCGACAGAUGCCAAGUGACUCAGGAACUUGCAAAGAAGAAGCAACAUGAGUUCAUGAAGGCCCAUUUUCAAACUCUUCAACACAUCUUCAUCCUCACUAAUGAAAUGAAUAAGCUGAGAGAAGAAAACAAGAGCCUGAAAGAAGAGCUGAAGAGGUUAUGUGGCCCAGAGGACAGGCCGAAGGCUUUCAAAGGGCAGCCCAGAGAAGGAAACUUCACCCCAGACUUGUCUUUGUCCAUCCUCUCCAGCCGAAGCAGGAAACUGAGUGCAGGGGGAAACCUGAGCCCAGAAACAGAAGACGAAUAUCACGAGACACUGGAAGGAGAUCAGUCUCCUGAACACAGAUUUUCUCCAGAAAGCAGAAUCUCUCCUAACAUCCUUCUCCGGGGGGACCAUGCUCUUGAUAUGAGCUCUCCGAAGAAAGUCAACCAAUUGCAAGGAGCCAUUGAGCUGAUGAGAACAGGAUCCCGAACCUCCUCUCAAGAAAGAGAUUACCCAGAAAGUGGAUCCCCGCCCCUUCCAAGCAAAAGACCACCAUCUCCUCAGUGCGACCAAAGUCCCAGCUUUGAAGCAUUUCUAAGACCCAACAAGUCAGACUGCCGGGCCUCCCCCUCUUCUUGUGAGAACCUGAGGUUUACCACCAAAAAAGAACAGCUCUACCUCUUCAACCAAAGUUUAGCCCUGCAUCAUCUUGGCCUCCGGAAUAACCCCACCGGCAAAGAGGGCGAUUUCCCUCACCAUCUAUUCCUGGCUAAGGAAGCAGGCAGCCGAGUGAAGCCCCAGGAUGAGUGGGACGACCAAGCUACCAUCUUGGAACUCCCUGGCGCUGUGCUGUACAUGAAGGAUCGUCAUCUGGAAAACAGGCUCCAGCUUCUUAGCAGCUCAGAGAGACUCCGCUGUUUGUUGAUGCAGCCGCAGCACGAAGGGAAAGGAAGAAGAGAGGACAGUUCAGAUCAAUCUUGGUGCCAGAGCCCUUCCACGCUGCCAAGUGUUGGCAAAGAAGGAAAAAAGGAAAGAGCCAGCCCCAAAGAUUUGAUGGACGAUACACUGGAGCAGCUGUUCCAGGUCAAUAGAGAAAACCUGGAUCAAGGAGAGAAAACCACAUCUGGGCAGGACAAUUCCGCCGAAAUGCCUCUGGAUUUAUCGGAUUACGGAAGGGGUAGAGAAAGUGGCACCAACUGGCAUCAGUGCUCAGUGAAACGUGAAAGGCGAAGUCCAGGCAGAGAUGAGAAUGAAGAGUCUGUUGUUCCGAAAACCACUUUAUCCAGCUGGCUUGGUAUAAUCCAGAAGCAGCAUUACAGGAGCCAACAACUGGGACAGUUCACGGCUGGAGCCAAGGAAAUUAGAGCAGUUUCUCCGAUAUCUUUGCCACAAGAAGCUGCCAUGUCCAAGACAACUUCACAUGAUUCCACUGCUGUCCAAGAAGUCAAGAUGCCUUUUCGAGGGGAGAGUCAAGACCCUGAGCAGCCAGAUAAUGGCGAUUCUGACUCACUGCAGGAUGAUUCUGAUGGGACCAUCGUAUCUGAGAGUGAGAUGGUUGGUACUCGUGAAGAAAAAGCUCUCUCAAGAACUUUGGUAAAAGAAGAAUACUGCUAUGUUACUGAGAACAUUCAGAAUUUGCAGAGGAAACGGAAAAGGGGCCACGAUUCGUCAACAAAAGCCUGCAAGACGUCAGUACGAGGACGGGAGAGUGAGGCAGCCACCCACAUCCUGCCUGGCCCACAAGAUACGAAGGAAACAGCAAACCACAAUCCUGCUUUCAGACAGGAGGAGCACGAGGAGACAUAGCUUAAAAACAUUCUCCCUUGGACCUGCUUUGUAGACUAAACUGCAGUCAAACUUUUCCGGUUUCUAUCAAGAAUCCUACGACGGCCACCAAAGAAUUUUAGAUAUUCCAGCUGCUCAAGUUAAACAGCCCUCCACGUUGCACCAACCUACAUAUGCAGUUAUUCUGGAAUUACAACCGAGAUCGUGAGAAGUAGGACCUCUCAAGCCAGGCGUUGUAGGAUAAUUUUAAGAAUCACUUCUCUGAUCAUACUGGUAGUAAGAGUAAAGGCAGUCCUCAACUACAAUGGAGCCCCAGAUUUCUGCUGCUAAGCAAGACAUUCGUUAAGUGAAUUUUGCCCCCUUGCUUGCAUGGCUGGUAAGUGAAUUGCUGCAGCUGUGAAGUUAGUGACACGCUUGUUAAGUGAAUCUGGCUUCCCCACUGACUUUGCUUGCCAGGAGGUCACAAAAGGGGAUCAUCAGAUGACCAGCAGACCCUGCACCUGUCAUAAAUAUGAACUAGUUGCCAAAUCUCUGAAUUUUGAUCACGUGACCAUGGGGAUGCUGCAACGGUCAUAAGUGAGGAAAACAGUCCUAAGUCACUUUUUUCAGCGCCGUUGUAACUUCAAAUGGUCACUAAAUGAAGGGUUAUAAAUCGGGGACUACCUGUAUAAUCCUGCCAAUCUAGUGCUUUCUUCACAGGGUGCACGGCAAUAAUAAAGACUUUGUACAUGAAUAAAAAAGAAAGAAAUGAAUUUGAUAUGCUGAGCACCCCAGAGCCAAAACCACCUAAAACAUUGCCAAGUACUUGUUCAUCAAUGCUGUGUUGAUUAAAUUUCUGCACAAUCUGAA